CAUAAGACCAAUGAUAAACUGAUGCCAUUGUACGUUGUCCUUGUGAAGAAUUCCAAUGGUGAGAGUGAAAUAGUGGCAUUGAUAUUGUGUGCAGGGGAGGACGAGGCAACAUUACAAGCAUUGUUUUCAAGGUUUAAUGUGAACAACAGGUCAACCACGGACACUAAAGUUAUUAUGACUGACAAAUAUUUUGUAAAAAGAAAGACCUUGAAGACUGCGUUUCCCUGUGCAGCGAGCACUGUAUGCUUAUUUCAUGUCCUGAGAACAUUUAGAAGGGAGGUGACCGUAGAGGAGACGGGUGUCACUAGUCAGAUGAGGAUGCACAUUCUGGAAUUAUUGCAGAAAUUGUGCUACUCCCAAACUGAAGAAGAAUACCAAGAGACCUAUAAAAGCUUGCAGAACACUGGUUGUGCCAAGGUUCUUCAAUAUUUCAAUAAGAAUUGGCACCCGAUAGGCAAUGAAUGGGUGAAAGGCUUCAAACAUCAAGCCACAACAUUUGGAAAUUCUAAAAAUAACCGUGUUGAAGCCAUCAAUCAGAAGAUAAUGCAAGCUGUCAAGCGGUAUGCGCCUCUCCACGAGAUGUUUUCUGACCUGCUUACUGUCAUGAACAGUCUGCAUCUUCAACGGGAUCAGACAGCAAUGGAAGCCUUGCUGAAGGCCCCAGUGGUGAGAAAUUUAACACGUUGUGAACAAGAAUACUGUAACAUCUUGACACCAUAUGCAUUUGCAAUAGUCUCCAAGGAACUGAAAAAAGCAAAUGAAAUGGAUUCCUUAGAACAGUAUGCUCAUCUCGAAGUGUCUGAGGAAAGCUGCUCUUGUUGUCUAUCCAAAGCAAUGCGCCUUCCAUGUAGACACACAUUCUUUUACCGUAAAGAGCUUGGUCUACCCAUGUUCUUUGACAACGCAACACCAACAAGAUGGACAAGAAGCUUUUACAGUCUGUCUUGUCGACUCUUCACCACAGAUCCAACUGUUGCUGGCCAAGCUAACGUGCUUUCUCAUCUAGCUGCAAGAAAGGUCAUGUCAGAGUGUCAGAAGCAUAGACAAGCUACGGUAAUUCUCCUAAAUAUUGCGACACUUGUUGUAGAACUGCCAAUGCGAAAGUAUCAACAAGCAAUGGAACUGUUGAAGGCAUUAAAGAAAAGCAUCGAAGAAAGAAAAGAGGUGUACCUUGUUGAAAUAGCAACACAUGACGCUUCAGACAACAUCGUGCCAAUCAUAGACAGCACAAGCCAGCCCGUGGACAUACCGGCAUCCAGCGAAGGCACAACAGGGCCCGUGUCACUACCCACUCGGGAAGGAGCACCUGCAGCAAUGUUGCAGCAAGCAUGCAGUGCAAGUGGCCAGCCCAUGGCCAUACCAGCACCCGGCGAAGGCACAACAGGGCCCGUGUCACUACGUACACACUCGGGAAGGAGCACCUGCAGCAAUAUUGCAGAAAGCAUGCAGUGCAAGUGGUAA